GAACUGACUGUUGUCAAGUUAAAAACACACGUGCAGUGUUUGAUCCUCCAAGAGUUUAGAUUUGUGUGUUCAUAAUUUUUGUGUAGAUUAUAAUUAAUUAAUUGCCAAAAUGUCGGCAAUUCGAGAGAAAUUGCUUAUGAAAAAGAUUAAGAAACGUGAGAAAAUGAAAAAAGUGCUGGCGGAGAAGAAAGGCAAGCAACAAGUUAAACCUCCAAAAAAUGUUGAAUCGGAUGAUAUUGAGGAUGAUUUCAAAGAGGCUCCCGAGCCUCAAACAAAGAAAGCAAAAGUGGCAAAGAAAAAGCAGCAGCAACGCCAACUUGAAGUGGUAAAUUCCGACUCGGAAAGUGAAGGAGAACAACAGCAAGAUGAGGAAAGUGAGUACUCUGAUGAUGAGGAUGUACAUACCAACAAAAAUCAUAAAGCGAAAAGUAAUGGCACAAAUAAGAACGAAAAGCAAUCUACUGUUGAAGUAUUGAAUCCUGAGAAAGCACUACAAAAUCUUGAUUCGAAUGAGCGCGCCUUUGCCUCACUCAAAGGUGUGGUAUCCGAACCAACCUUAAAAGCCAUUGAGGAGAUGGGCUUCACCGAUAUGACAGAGAUACAAGCAAAAUCUCUGCCGCCUUUACUGCAAGGACGCGAUUUAGUUGGUGCUGCUAAGACUGGUUCUGGCAAGACACUUGCUUUCCUUAUACCAGCCGUAGAGUUAAUAUAUAAACUGCGUUUUAUGCCCCGUAACGGUACUGGUGUUAUUAUUAUAUCGCCAACACGCGAAUUAUCCAUGCAAACGUUCGGUGUACUGAAGGAGUUAAUGGCGCACCAUAAUCACACUUAUGGUUUGGUUAUGGGCGGUUCUAAUCGGCAAGUGGAGAGUGAGAAACUUGGUAAAGGUAUCAACAUCUUGGUAGCCACACCAGGCCGUUUGUUGGAUCACUUGCAAAAUUCACCGGAUUUCCUGUACAAAAACUUGCAAUGCUUGGUGCUUGACGAAGUGGAUCGUAUAUUGGAAAUCGGUUUUGAGGAAGAAUUAAAGCAGAUUGUGAACUUGCUACCAAAACGUCGUCAAACAAUGCUGUUUUCUGCAACACAAACGGAAAAAAUCGAUGCGCUCUCCAAAUUGGCGCUCAAAAAGGAGCCUUUCUACGUUGGUGUCGACGAUCAUGAGGAUGUAGCCACAGUUAGUGGCUUGGAACAGGGUUAUAUUGUAUGCCCGUCAGAUAAACGUUUAUUAGUGCUGUUUACUUUCCUGAAAAAGAAUCGCAAGAAGAAGGUUAUGGUGUUCUUCUCGUCCUGUAUGUCUGUGAAAUAUCACCAUGAACUCUUCAACUACAUAGAUCUGCCUGUGACGUCUAUCCAUGGUAAACAAAAGCAAACCAAACGUACCACUACGUUCUUCCAGUUUUGCAAUGCUUCCGAGGGCAUUCUACUAUGCACAGAUGUGGCGGCGCGUGGUUUAGAUAUACCACAAGUCGAUUGGAUUGUGCAAUACGAUCCACCAGAUGAUCCAAAGGAAUAUAUUCAUCGUGUUGGUCGUACCGCGCGUGGUACUGGCAGUUCGGGUCAUGCAUUGCUUUUGCUACGUCCAGAAGAGUUGGGAUUUUUGCGCUAUCUGAAAGCAGCUAAAGUGCCACUUAAUGAGUUUGAAUUCUCAUGGGCGAAAAUUGCAGACAUACAGUUACAGCUGGAGAAACUCAUCUCCAAAAACUAUUUCCUCAAUCAAUCGGCUAAGGAGGCCUUUAAAGCCUAUGUACGUGCUUAUGAUUCGCAUCAAUUGAAAACAAUAUUCGAUAUCAACACGCUCGAUUUGCAAGCUGUGGCAAAGAGUUUUGGUUUCUUAGUACCGCCUGUGGUGGAUCUUAAGGUGGGUGCUAAGCGCAAGCGGCCAGAGAAACGUGUUGGUGGCGGCGGCUUCGGCUACUACAAACAGAUGAAUGACGACAAUCCCAAACAACGCAUGUUCAAGCAAAUUAGUCGUGACCAAUUAAAAAAGAAUAAAAGUUUCAUGCGAUGAGAUUUGCAUUUUCAUAUAAAAGUUAUUAGCUAGUUUAGUUGAAAUGCCUAACAUUCAUUUUAAUCAAGAUGGUUAAAUGUAAAGUAUAAAUAAAUAUUAUAUUUUCUCAAAUAUACCGGA